AUCGCUUCACAUACACAAUCCAGCAUGAGUCCAUCACCAAUUCACAAGUUCCUCAAAAUCGUCUACACAAAGACAAUAGACAACUUCCUCCUAGCAGCCUCUGUGUCGCUCACAAUUGCAGCUAUCGUCGUGACGGCAAGAAGCAAGCCUCAUGAUUUCACUGAUAGAAUUCAAGACCUUGGUCCUUCAUACAUCUUGUCGAUUGGAUUGAUCUUGGCCACCGCAGUGACUGUGUACAUCAUGCAGCGUCCACGCAUGGUGUACCUCGUCGACUAUGCUUGCUUCCGUGCCCCCCAUAACUACCGUAUACCCUCCGCAGCUUUUGUUGAGCAUGCCCGCCAAGUGACCCAUUUCAGCGAGCGUAGUGUCCGUUUCAUGACACGCCUUCUCGAGAGAUCGGGCCUUGGUGAAGAGACAAGCUUGCCUCAAAUGGCCAGCUACCUCGAAGCUUACAAGUACUGCACAUUGGAGACAGCUCGUGAGGAGGCUGAGCUUGUCGUCUUCUCGGCCAUCGAUGAUCUAUUUGCCAAGACAAGCAUCGAUCCAAUCACCAUUGACAUGGUUGUCGUAAACUGCAGCGGAUUUAGCCCAACACCAUCUAUGCCAGAUAUGAUUGUAAACAAGUACAAGAUGCGCAGCGACAUCCGGAGCAUCCAUCUAUCUGGAAUGGGGUGUAGUGCAGGGUUAAUCUCAGUAGAGCUCGCCAAGAACCUACUGCAGACCAUGCCCCAAGGUGCACGAGCAUUAGUCGUAUCUACAGAAACCCUGACACCCAACUACUAUCUUGGGAACGAGAGAGCUAUGCUGCUUCCAUAUUGCUUGUUCCGCAUGGGUGGAGCUGCCGUGCUGUUAUCGACAUCACCUGCAAAGGCCCGAUUUAGACUCAAGUGCAUCGUACGGACACUCAGCGCAGCCGAUGAUAAAUCAUACAGAUGCAUUCAUCAAGAAGAGGAUGACAAGGGAAACACGGGGGCCAAUCUCACCAUGGACAUCAUAGACGUUUCUGCUAACACACUCAAAACCAACAUCACCACCAUUGCGCCGCUCAUCCUUCCGGCCUCUGAGAAACUGCGGUUUGCACUGUCCUUCGUAUCACAAAAGCUUCUCAAGAUGAGGACAAAGUUAUACAUGCCUAACUUGCUCACUGCAUUCGAGCACAUUUGCGUCCAUGCAGGUGGACGUGCAGUGAUUGAUGGGAUCCAACGCAGCCUAAGCCUAUCAGAUGAGCAUGUUGAGCCAUCCAGGAUGACACUUCAUCGAUUCGGUAACACAUCCAGCAGCUCCUUGUGGUAUGAAUUGGCAUACAUCGAGGCCAAGCGCCGCAUGCACAAGGGGAACCGGGUGUGGAUGAUUGGAUUUGGGUCUGGGUUCAAGUGCAAUAGUGCAGUUUGGGAGUGCAUCGUUCCCGCCCACAAUGAAGAUGGACCUUGGGCUGGGUGCAUCCAUCGCUACCCAGUACGUAUUAUUCCUUAAAAUUCGUAAACAUGCUGUAGCAAAUAUAUCACUUUAAGAUUACCAAUAAUCGUUUAAUAAAUUGCGGUUGGAAAGGACCGUCUCUCAAACUAUUUAAGAAGACAACUCUGUUUUUUUAAGAACCGUCAGGAGUUUUGCUCGGCAUAUAUUAAUAGAGAAAAAGAUUGUAAAAAUGUUGGUCUAAAUACCACUCGUAUUGUAACCACAAAUAUGAAUAUGAUAAAGAAUUCAUUUUGCCGUUUUGUGUC